UUUUUCUGGAGUUUUCAAGGCUCGCGACCCACAUGGCUCGGUCCUAUCGGAGUCGGACGUUAAAUUCGAUGGUCCCGCCUCGAUGGGCGUUCAACCCAUACAGUAUACAGUUACUUUUACUGGUACAACCGCUGCCGUAAAAAAAACAAGAUGCGCCCUUCCCGACAUAGAAGACGGAUACAGCAUCAUUCAUGAACAUCAAGUUAAUUUGAGCGGGUGGCCGGGGGGGGGGGGGCUUCCAGUGGUGUAAAAUCCUACUUCUUUCCUCCUCCUCGACUAUUCCACCUGCCUGCCUGCCUUACGGUUUUCCUGUAUCAAAAUGAUUGUCAUUAUCUUGAUCUGCUUCCCUUUACUAGGACUGAACAUUUCGUUCAUGCGUCUAUGUCAUUGUGUUGAAUGGGGUUCCGUGGCUGGGUAGUUAGUGAACUCAGGUUCACAAUAUGGCCAAAGUGUAUGUCGGUCACUCUGCCUGUAGGUGAGUGAUCACUGAGGCGCAGUCUUGGGCAAGAUACGAUAACCCAAGCUAAAGAAACAACAGGGCGCUGCACAGUAGCAAACCAGCAAUGGCGUAUUUAUUGCCUAUGUUUGCUGAUAUUGUGUUUCAUCCACGCAUGUAUGUAUCCGUGUUUUUGUGUAUGUAUUAUACAAUAUAAAACAAAUUUCCAAAGGGGAUCAAUACACUUUACUUUAUAUAUCAUUAAAUCUUUUUUUCUUUUUUUUUUUUUGGUAUUUAUUUAUCUACUCGAUGGUCCCUGUUUGUCUUUCAUUUUCCCCUUGUACUAAAUAACUUUAUCGUGUCCAUGUUGGCAUUUAUUAACUCCUUUCAUUCAUUCAUGUUUCCAUGCCUUUCAUUUGUCACCUUCACUACGUUCUCUGUCCUUUGCCAGGUGUUCCAACGUAACGACAUCACCGCCUACCAGGGCGUGAAGGAACCUGCGGCUAUGAACACGAUUCUUGGGGAACUCCAGAAAGGCUUGUUCUCUCCGGCCUGCGUCGGUACAACGAUGUCGGUGAUCGCUUCCACAGAGACCCCUUCUCGGCCCUGAUUGUGUCCCCUUAUUCCAGUAUCCCAAGAUUCGCAUUGACCACUGUCCACCUGUUCCACUUAAACAUCAUCUACGAGAUGGGUCUGAUACCAGAACUCUUCAAAACGGUUUCUAAUGACUACAGUGCAAAUGUGCUUUUCGCCGGUGACUUCAACGCCGGAUCGCCCUUCAUGACUCGUUGCCAGUACAACAAUCUCACAGUGACCACUGACCCUACCUACGACUGGCUCAUUGACUUCAAUCAAGACUCUGCUACAUGGACGAAUAUGACAACCUCUUGGGCUAGAUUCUUGGCGGCAGGCAAACAGCUUGUGGCCGCUAGUAGUAACGCCAAUGGCCAUGUCAUAAACAUGAUGAAAGAGUACGGCCUAACGGAGGAACAGCCGGACAUUGUGCUGUUUUGGUACCUUGUUUUUCAGUCUACCGAGAGCUUGGCUGGUUUGGCUGAUUUAUGA